CUACGUCCAUUGGAAGCAUUUUUUAAUUAAUUUAAUUUUUGUUGAUUAAGUUUUUGGAAUUGAUUUUUGUUGGAAUUAUUGAAAAUAAUGAUAAGGAAAGUUUAUCCUGUUAUCUCUAGUGGAAAUCCUUACUUAAUACCUUUGCUUAAUACCAAAAAAUAACAUGCAGAGUUGAUUCAUUUUAACAAAAAAGUUUAGUGAGCGAAUAAUGUCGAAAAAAUUGCGGAUAUGUUGUGGGAUUUCCACAGCGUGUUUUUGUUGCAAGUUAGAAACUCUUGGUUGUGUUGUGGGAUGUCUUGGCGCGAUUUAUCGAAUUAUGCUGAUCGUUACAUUCAGCAUUUUAUUAUCAAUGUUAACAGAUUACGACCCUAACCUUUACGAGUUAGUUUUUGGGAUCAUUUUAGCAUAUUCUGUAGUUUCUUUCAUAACGAGCGGUAUGUUGUUAAUUGGAAUAUUUAAGAGAAUACAUCUUUUCUUUAUUCCUUAUUUAUCUGUGGAAUUAUUAGAAAUUUUAUUUAUCAUUUUACUCAGUUUACUUCGAAGUUUUUUAAUGUAUUUUCUUGGAAAUCAAAAUGAUUUAUAUUGGUUUAUUCCAUUAAUGAUUUUUACAGCAUGUGAGUAG